AUGGAGGCACAAGCGCUGAUGCAGAAGAUUUUGCGUGUGGAGAACAUGAACCAGGUCAUCCUCAACAAGGUUCAGGGAGAGCUAGUUAUCAGGGCGGAGGAGCUGGAGCAGACCUUGCGCGACCCGGCCAGGCGCGACUCGCUGCCCUUCAAGGAGGUGCUGUCUCUGCUCGAGUAUCCGGCGCUGCUGGAGAGCGCCGAUGCCGAGCGGCUGUUCCCGAAGGACGCCAUCGCUCGCGCCAAGUCCAUCCUCCACGACAUACCCGGCGGACUUGGGGCGUACAGCAACAGCAGGGGCGAGAGGACCGUGAGAGAGCACGUGGCCGAGUUCAUCAGCGAGCGGGACGGAUUCGCGUGCGACAUGGAGGACGUGUUCCUCACCGACGGCGCCAGCGCGGGCGUCGUCAAGAUCCUCCAGUGCCUCAUUCGCGAUGAGAAGGACGGCAUCCUGAUCCCCAUCCCGCAGUACCCGCUCUACUCUGCCACCAUUCCGAUGCUCGGCGGCACCCAGCUCAAGUACUACCUCGACGAGGAGAAGGGGUGGAGCCUCAACAUCGCCGAGCUCGAGUCCAUCGUGGAGCAGGCCCUCGCCAAAGGGGUGACCCCGAGGGCGAUGGUGGUCAUUAACCCCGGCAAUCCCACAGGCCAGUGCCUCGACACCGCCAACAUGCAACAGGUGAUCGAGUUCUGCCAUCGACGACGAGUGCUUCUCAUGGCGGACGAAGUGUACCAGGCCAACUCGUACAUUCGCCCCUUCACCUCGUUCAAGAAGGUAUUGCGGAGCAUGGGUGAGGCCUACGCUGGGUUCGAGCUCGUGUCGUUCCAUUCCGUUUCCAAGGGCGUGAUUGGAGAGUGCGGCCACCGGGGCGGCUACAUGGAGCUCGUGGGGCUCGACAUCGCCGUCAAGCAGCAGAUCUACAAGCUCGCCUCGAUCUCGCUCUGUCCCAACAUCGCCGGUCAGGUGGUGGUGGACCUGAUGGUGCGCCCGCCCAAGCCCGGCGACGACUCCCACGACCAGUUCCAGCGCGAGACGCAGGCCACCUUCGAGUCCCUCAAGAAGCGCGCCGGCCUCCUCGCCACGGCCCUCAACCAGCUCGAAGGCGUGACGUGCAACCCGGCGGAGGGUGCGAUGUACCUGUUCCCGCGCAUUCGGCUGCCGCAGCGGGCCAUCGACGAGGCCAAGCGGCUCUGCAGAGCGCCCGACGUGUUCUACUGCUUUGCGCUCCUCGACGCCACCGGCUUCGGCCAGAGGGAUGGCACGUUCCACUUCAGGACGACCUUCCUGCCGCAGGAGGAGCAGAUUCGCAGCGUCGUCGCUGCCAUGGCCGCCUUCCACGCCCGCUUCAUGGACCAAUGGCGCGAGUGA